AUGGCUCCACCUGUGGCAAAGCAAAAGAAGGUUACUGGAAUGUUCAUUCGGCUCAAUGAAAAUACGGCUCAAGUGGAUGUGAUUGAUGACUCCAAUGAAAUGUUGUGGUACUGCAAGAAGAAGACCAAGGACAUGGACUUGAGAGACAACCUCAUGAAGCGAUCUCAUGAAGGAGAUGCUAGAUGA